AUGAUUUUAACAGUGAAAGGAAAACAGUUACCUUCAUAUUCUGUACGAGCCAACGCCUUUGUAACUUCGCCUACAACUCCAAACAAACGUGUAUUUGAUACUUAUUUUGAUCUUGAAAAAUUCGUUCGUACUACGAUUGAUCCAAGAAUAAUUCCAUCUGUUACUCUUUAUUUUGGUCAACCUUGGCAUGAUAAUAUUGGUCAUGCACUAUUCGAUGGACUUUAUUCAGCAUAUGUUGCACUUAUUCGUUUUCCUCCAAGACAUCUUCAUCCUUUUCGUAUUCUUGCUGGAGUAAGUGACUGCAAAGUAUGUUGGAGUGAAGAUGUUUAUAGUCGUUUUGGUGGUCUUGGACUUAUAAAAAUAAACGUUCUAACUAACAUGUCAAAAGGAAACUGGUUUAUGUUUGAAGAACUUGUUAUGGGUAGUGGAACAUUUUGUCAACGUUGUACACAACCUAAUUUACAAUUACCUGGUGGUGUCGAACUAGAUGCUUCAAGACUUUUUCGUGGUAGAAUGUAUCAACAGCAUGGUCUUGUUCAUCCAAUUGUUCGACGAAAGUCCUCAUCUGAAGGACGAACUUCUCGUGAUGUUCUUCAAGCAUAUAUUAUUGAUAAUAAACGUUUUACAAGUAAUGAUCGAAAAGAAAUCAACGAUGCGAUCAAUGAAAUAAAUAAUUGUACCAAUUUAUAUUUAAAUAAAACAAUUAAAUUACAAUGGCCAUUAGUUCGUGUAUCUUAUCUCUUCUAUAAUAAAGUAAGAGCUCGUACCCUUAGUUCUAUUCGAGUAAAUGCGACACCAACUGAUUCUCGAUCACCAAUAUAUGAACUAAUUGAAAAUAAUUUCAUAGCUCAACUAAAACUUUUACGUCAAAUGGAUAUUCAUAUAACUGGACCAGGUACUGGACAAAUGUAUCAAACAUUUUUAUCGGAUGGAUCUGUAACUAUUAAUCUUGGAGGUAUAAAACCACGGGGAUUAGAAAAUUCAACAGAAGCAUAUACUUCAUAUCUUGAACAACAUAUGACAAGUGGUACACCAUAUAUCAAAGGUCUUUAUUAUCCAAUUAAUGAACGACCUAACGGUAUCAAAAAAGAUGAAAUUGUGAAAUUAAUUCGACAAGCAUCACAACUAAUUCUCGAAGGUUUUUCAUUACCAGUGAAUCCUCGAGAUAAUCUAGCACCUGAUGGACAAUUAUUUGUUGAAAUGUGUGAAAAAGAUAAAGAAUUUUGUUCUAUAGUGACAACAAGAACAUCAGGUAAAUACUAUCCUUGUAUAGAUAUGUGGGUAGAAGAUUUUGUACAUGAACACCGUCAAUGGCAAGUGGAAGAUUUUAUCAAUAAUGGUCGAAAUAUUAGUUGUCCUUAUAAUCAUUCAUUGUUACAUGAAUUAAGAAAAAAAUAUGGAAUUCUACACAAACAAACUAACAAUUCAUCAACAAACGUCACGCACAAAUCUGUUAAUUAA